AUGCUGUGGUUCCCGGUGAAGAAGAUCCGCAAGCAGUUCAAGCUGCUGCUGCUGUUGGUGCUGCUCACCUUGGCCGCGUGGUUCACCUACCUGCACAUCAGCCUGGUGCGCCAGGGCAAGGCGCUGCGCCUGCACUUCGCCUACGGCAGAGAUGGCGAGAGGCUGGGCGAGGUGACAGAUGCUGGCAGGCGUGUGGCCGGGGCCCGGGCGGCGGCUCAGCAGAGAAAGGCCGACGACUCCAGCGAGAGCCGGGAGGAUGAGCAGAUGCAGGGCGAAGGGCAGGGCUUUGAUGGCUGGCUUUCCAGAGGCCCAGGGGCGGAUGGAGCCGGGAGGCCCCCCCGGCUGAACGUGACCAAGCGUGUUCUGCCAUGGAACGAGCAGUACAAGGGGAAGGCGAACCUGCACGUCUUCGAGGACUGGUGCGGAGGGGCCGUGAGGCACCUUAGGAAGAACCUGCACUUCCCGCUCUUUCCCCACACCCGCACCACGGUGAAGAAGCUGGCUGUGUCGCCCAAGUGGAAGAAUUACGGGCUGCGGAUCUUCGGGUAUAUCCACCCCUUCAAGGAUGGGGACUUCCAAUUUUCCGUAGCAUCGGACGACAACUCGGAGUUCUGGCUCAGCUCUGAUGAGAUCCCAGCCAAUGCCCGGCUGGUGGCAUUUGUGGGCAAGCUGGGCUCCGAGUGGACGGCUCCAGGGGAAUUCACCAAGUUCAGCUCUCAAGUCUCCAAACCUAUCCGCCUCAUGUCCUCCAGACGCUAUUACUUUGAGCUCCUCCACAAGCAGGAUGACCGCGGGUCGGACCACGUGGAAGUAGGCUGGCGCGUGUUCCUUCCCAGCCUGAAGUUCGAGGUGAUCGACUCCCCCUUCAUCUCUCUCUACACAGACGAGUCCUCUCUGAAGAUGAACCACGUGGCUCACAUCCCCCAGUCCCUUGCCAGCCACGCCGGGAGCUACAUGUCCGAGGCGCAGAGGGACGAGCACGGGGCCGACAUGCUCAAACCCGACCCCAGGGACACCUUCUUCCUCACUCCCCAGAUCGAGGCGUCCCACGUGGAGAACGUGCUGGUGCCCUGCGCCUACAGCCCCACCUAUGUGGUGAAGGACUUCCCUAUCGCCCGCUACCAGGGCCUGCAGUUCGUCUACCUCUCGUUCGUGUACCCCAACGACUUCACCCGCCUCACCCACAUGGAGACGGAGAACAAGUGCUUCUACAGAGAAUCCCCCCUCUACCUGGAGAAGUUUGGCUUCUACAAGUACAUGAAGAUGGAUGAGGAAGAGGAGGAUCCUCGCCAGAGAGCCUUUCUCUUCCUGAACUCAGACAAUUUCCUGGAAGAGGAGGAGGAAGGAGCAGACAGUCCUGAGCCCACGGACCUGCCUCCCGACGCCAAGGAGAAGAACCCCAGGGGGCCGAGCCCACCCCUGGGCACUGGGACCAAAGGCAAAGGGCUCCCUCUGGCUGCAAGGGAUUACAGGGGCGAUGUAGACUACUACACUUUCCGCCACCAGCAACAGGCGGCUCAUGAGGAGGGUGCCGCACCAGGGCGGCCGCGAACCCGGGACGUCCACAACAGGGCCAGCCCCAGCUCCGCAGCCACAGCCAGAGAUUCCCAGGGCUAUGAGAACACUCCCCCUUUACAAGAGCAGGCCCUGAUCCGGGGGCGCUCCCUCAGCUGGGCGCGCAAGGAGCCGGAACAGGCGAACGCCGGGGAGGAAGACAAGCUGGGGCUGCUGGCGUCGUCAAGGCGGGGCAGUGUCCUAAGCCGCCAACCCCACCUCUCCAUGCCCAUCUUUGGGGGCAAAGCCAAGCCACAGGGCCCAAGCAGGCUCCUGGCACCCGUGGAGGAGAAGAAGGCCAAGAAGGAGACCAAGAAGCCCCAAGAGAAGGUGUAUGUGACCCGGCUGCAGCCUGGCAAGCGCAAGGCCCCAGUGCAGGAGGCCACCUUCCCCGGUGUCUUCCUCUACCCUAAGCGACUCAGGAGGGUGCACCUGAACUCAAGGGCCCCCCAGAGGCGCUCCGCCCCCUCCACCAAGCUCCGCACCAUCCCCGGCCACAGGGCGCCCUGGCUCCCAGGCAACGGCUCCAGGGAGACGGAUCCGUCCAAGAGGAAGAGCCCCAGGGCCAGCAUCAGGAAGUGGGAGCAGCUGUACAGGCACGAGGACCCUGAGGCUGUGGGCGAGCGGAGGGCCCUGCCCAGCAUACAGCCGCCACUAGCCGGGGGGCUGUUUGGCAAGGAGGCCCUGGAGGUCCCCACCGCCACCCCAGCCAGGACCGCGGCAGCAGCUGCCCUGGAUUACAACUCCUCAGAGACAGCCCUAUCGGCCGGGGUGCGGGUGACUUCCUUCCUCAGGAUGUCGGAGGUGACGGCGUCGCAGCAGGAGGGCCCGGGCAAGGCCCAGGAGGAGGAGGAGGAGGAGCUGUCGGACUACAGCUAUGAGAACUCGGAGCUGCAGCCGAGCUGGCUGGAGGACUCCAUCAACUGGCAGAGGACAUUCAGUGUGAGCUCGGUGGACUUCGAGCUCCUGCGCUCCGACUGGAACGACCUGCGCUGCAAUGUCUCGGGCAACCUGCAGCUGAGCGAGAGUGAGGUGGUGGACGUGGUGGCCCAGUACAUGGAGAAGCUCAACGAGAAGAAUGGGGGGAUCUACACUCUGCUGCGCAUCGUCAACGUGGAGAAGCGGCGAGACACGGCACGGGGCAACCGCUACCUGCUGGAGCUGGAGCUGCUGGAGCGGGGCCAGAGGACCGUGCGGCUCUCGGAGUACGUCUACGUCCUGCUGCACCAGGGCAGGCCGGCCGACAGCACCGAGGCCAACCCCGAGGGGCCCACGCCCGUGGCUACCGAGCCCCAGCCCAGCCCCUGGAGCCUGCUCUACGGGAAGCCCAUCCUGUGCCGACCCCUGCCGCUCAGCUGGAGGCAGGAUGUCAUGGUGCACUUCGUGGUGCCAGUGAAGAACCAGGCGCGCUGGGUUCAGCAGUUCAUCGCGGACAUGGCCGGCCUGUACUGGAACACCAAGGACGCCAACUUCAAUGUCAUCCUGGUGGACUUUGAGAGUGAGGACAUGGACGUGGAGAAGGCGCUGCAGGAAGCCCGGCUGCCUCGGUACCAGUACUUGAAGCGCACGGGGAACUUCGAGCGCUCGGCAGGGCUGCAGGCCGGGGUGGACUCCAUUGAGGACGGGCGCAGCAUCGUGUUCCUGUGUGACCUGCACAUCCACUUCCCCCUCAACAUCCUGGACAGCAUCCGCAAGCACUGCGUGGAGGGCAAGCUGGCCUACGCGCCCAUCGUCAUGAGGCUGGGCUGCGGGAGCUCUCCGCGGGACCCCAACGGCUACUGGGAGGUGAAUGGGUUCGGCCUCUUUGGGAUCUACAAGUCGGACUUUGACCGCGUCGGGGGCAUGAACACAGAGGAGUUCCGAGACCGCUGGGGCGGGGAGGACUGGGAGCUACUGGACAGGGUCCUGCAGAGCGGGCUGGAGGUGGAACGCCUGCGCCUCAGGAACUUUUACCAUUACUACCACUCCAAACGCGGCAUGUGGAACUCCCGCAGCAAGAAGGCGCCCAAAGACUAG